CAAUUAUGUUUCCUAAGAUCUUGAGUCGACACAAAGAAUGGUUAUCACUUCCACUCGCUUGGAAAGGUGGACAGUUUAUUUUAUUAAAGUUAUCUUACGUACCCGACAGUUCUGCUCUACAAAAAGGUCAUGUCGAAAGUACUGUAGCUUCGUCGUGUAAUAAUGUAGGAUGUGGCUUCCUAGUGGAACUGGUUGCAUAUGUAGUAAAAUACAGACAUGUCUUUUCCCACACAGAAGAUAGAAAGUACAAUCAACCUCUUUCUAUGGAAAUACUCUCAAGGAUAAAUCUUGGUCUUUCUCAAGAAGAUUUGCAGUUGAAAGUGCCGGAAGCUCCUCACUUUAAGAUAUUAGAUAGUCGAGUUGUCAAAUGCCUCAACUCAAAAAAGAUCAUCAGUAUAUAUGUCUUUCAAGUCGCGGACAAUUCUAGCCACUCUUGUUAUUUUAUAUCCCAAGUUGAAAUCACUAAAACAGGGAGUUUGCAGUGUGAAAAAUACAAGAUCGAAGAAAAUAUUAUAUCGGAAAACUCUAUAGGUGAUCGCUGGGAAGCAAUAAUUGGAGAUGGACCUCUUGUUGCCUUCGUUUGUGGAAAACGCUUUAAAAUAUUUUCUCUACAGAGAAACAAUGUUUCAAGUGAAAGAGUAACAGAUUGGACUCUUUCACUCGAAGGACAUAUGCCAGAAAUAAUACCCAGAGAAGAUCUACCAUUGAUUCCUCUCUUUGUCGAACAAGGUUUACUAUGUUGCUCUCUUGUAGACAUAUCAUCGUCAUCAUUUGCAUUGGUUUGUUGCUUUUGGAGCGAACCAACGAAGAGUUUGCAUUUUAUGAAAUUUCCAUUCCCUUCUGGAGUCGUAGCACUUUGUAAAGAAUGGAUUCCAUAUAAAAAACCUUCAUUGUACGUGUUGACGGAGAAUGAAAUCUUUGAAUGGAACUAUAUCUCUUUCAAUUUGGAGAACACUUAUGUAGGUGACGUAGAAGCAGAAUUCAAAAAUGUUGGACUCAGCGAACUUUGUAAUCUUUCAAAAGAUGUCUUCUUGACACCCAUUAGUUAUCGACAGAAACAAUAUUUGUUCCUUUUCACAUCUGGAGUUGUUUCUUCGUAUAUACAAGUCAUCGAUUUUGAUAAUUCUUUCCAUCUAGUGGCAAAUCACAAACUACCGGAGCCUGGAGCUUUAUAUGUCUUUUAUGCUGGUGAAAUUUGGAUGUCUUCUGAAUAUUAUGGCGACGUACAUUCCAAUAUCUUUACGUUUUGUAGAGUAUCUCAUUGUCUUUCAGAGAAUUCUGAAAAGGAUUUUCACGACGUACCCAUUUCAGUUGACAUGAGUCAAGCACAAGAGCAGUUUUUAAAGUCAUUGACACAACGAAUAGAAAAGGCAGAGUUGUGGAUUUCACAAAUUCGUGGAAAUUCUGCAAGAGCCUUGCGUUGUAUAAAGUGUACAUACCACAGCAGAAUUACCGAAGGCACUGAAAGAUUCCUUGACGAGAAACCAGAGUGGAUGACACGAAUUUCAAGUUUUCAAGAUUCUGAUAUCCUUUCAGAAGUCUCACUUUCUAAAGAACAAAUUUAUCUUGGAAGUUUUUUCUCAUGGAAGAGAACCAAUCAUGGACGGGAGAGAAAUCUAAGUCCUUGCUUUGUGAGAGAUGAACUUUGUUAUCGAACUGAUUUAGAGAAUAUUACCAAUAGCUCGGUAGUUUCAUGUAUUGUAUUUGCAAGAAAUGGAAGACGGGUGCCGUUUGUGCAGUUCUUAUUACGUGAAGGCACUUUGUUAGAAUUACAUGUGGAAUAUUCGCCUCUUGUGCCGUUUGAAGCUAUUGAUGUGUUGAUUGUUUUAUCUUCUGAUACGAAGAACGAUUUCGUUCAGACAAGACACAAGACCCAAAAUGAUUUUUGUAGUCAUGGAAUGCAUUUUGAAAACUCGAAUACCUUGUUAUUGCAUUUACUGAAACCAGUGUUCAACGAUACCUGUUCAUCUGUUACAAACAAAAGUAUGUCGAUAGCCUAUUCUUCAUUUACACGUUGUUUGUUUGUUUCUAGCAUUUGCGACAUUAGUUUAAGAAAGAUUGAUUUUCGUAAAUGGGACUUGUGUAUUCUUUUGGAUGAUAUUCUUGUUCUUCGUUGCUCGGGGGAAGAUAUUAAGACACUUAUCCAUGGCAUGCUUGCUACGAUACCUGGACUUUGUUGUGUCAAGGACGACAUUGAAUCUUCUUUCUGGUUGUCCAAUAUGAAUCAUUUGUUGGGUCUUGAAAUAUUUUGGCACAACUGGAAACAAAAACAGAUAUAUCUGACCAUGUAUUGUAACUCUAGGGAAGUUUUUGACUCCAUUUGUUCUGAACUAUUGGCAUGUCUUCAUUGUCUGGGGCCUGUAAGAGUGAAGGAUGUCUUGAAUGAGAAAUUCUUUUCAAUUUUAGAUUUAUCGGUAAAAAAGCUGAACAAGGAAUGGAAUUAUAUACAAAACGUUGGACUAAGUCAGGUCAGUCCUCAUUCAUGGUUCUCUAUUGUCGAACAAACAGAUCAACAAAUGGUUCUCUUAAAUGCCUACUCCAAGUGGAACUUGGUCUCUCAUCGUUUUCUGAAAUAUGACAAAGAAAGUAGAUGAUGCCAUGUUUUCAUUGUAGAAGAUGAAAGGAUACUCUUCAACUGUAUGUGAUUGCUCGCUCAUCGACAUAUUAUGUUUUU